CCCACCUUGCAUAGAUUUUUAUUGUUUGUUUUGUGGCCUAAAAAGUACAAUGAUGACGAAGCUCAAAAAUAGUAUAUAAGGACAUAAAAGAAGAUAGGUAUACACUCCUCCAAACUGAAAAAACCACACAGGAUUGAUUUCUUUUGUAGAUGUUGAAGCAAGAACCAAUUAUGUUGUUAUGGAAUCCCAUAGUCUUCUCUCUUCUUCCCUUGUUCUUCUACAUGCUAUUCUUCCUUACCAAGUGGUUGUCCAAUUUUAUCACUCCAGAAAUAGCCCACAAAAACCCACCGCCUUCUCCCACAAAGCUCCCAAUUAUUGGGAACCUUCACCAACUUGGCUCCUACCCUCACCGCUCACUCCAAUCAAUGGCCCUUAAACAUGGACCUCUCAUGCUUCUUCACCUAGGCAGUGUCCCAGUCCUCGUUGUCUCAUCUGCAGUUGCAGCUCGUGAGGUAUUGAAAACCCAUGACCUAAUCUUCUCAAACAGGCCUAAAUCAAGCAUUACUAGAAGACUUUUCUAUGGCCCCACGGAUGUGGCGUUCUCUCCCUAUGGAAAAUAUUGGAAGCAGAUAAGAAGCAUCAGUGUGCUUCAACUUCUAAGCAACAAGAGAGUCCAAUCGUUUCAAAGCGUGAGAGAAGAAGAGACACGCCUUAUGAUUGAGAAGAUUACAGAGUCUUGUUCUUCCUCUUCACCGGUGAAUUUGUCUGAAAUGUUCGUGUCUCUUACAAACAAUAUAGUGUGUAGGGUUGCUUUGGGGACGAAGUACAAUAGAGGGGAAGGGGGAAGGAAGUUCAUGGAGUUGCUGGGAACCCUUGUGGAGGUACUUGGUACUUUUAAUGUAGAGGAUUAUAUCCCCUGGCUUGCUUGGUUGAAUAGGAUCAAUGGCUUUGAUGAUAAAGUGGACAAAGUUGCUAAAGAGAUUGACCAAUUACUAGAGGGUAUGGUUGAAGAGCAUAUGAUCAGUCAAAAUCAAAGAGAAAGUGAAAGGAAGAGCAAUGGGAGUGGUGGUCAUGAAGGUGAAAGGCCACAGGACUUUGUGGAUGUUUUGCUUGAAAUUCAAAGAGAUAAAGGGGCUGGCUCUCUUCUUGAUAGAGAUAACAUCAAAGCUGUCAUCUUGGACAUGUUUGCUGCUGGAACUGAUACUAUAUACAAAGCCUUAGAUUGGACAAUGGCGGAACUCUUAAGGCACUCAAAAAUCAUGAAGAAAUUGCAAAAUGAGGUGAAAGAAAUAGCCAGAGGCAAGCUUAACAUAACUGAAGAAGAUUUAGAGAAAAUGUACUACUUGAAAGCUGUAAUCAAAGAGAGUUUGCGAUUGCAUACUCCACUUCCAUUAUUGGUUCCUCAUGAAUCAACCCAGGAUGUUAAAGUAAUGGGCUAUGACAUUUUAGUUGGAACACAAGUACUUAUCAAUGCAUGGGCGAUUGGCAGAGAUCCAUUCUCAUGGGAAGAUCCAGAUGAGUUUCAGCCAGAAAGGUUCUUGAAUAAUUCCAUAGAUGUCAAAGGAAAUGACUUUGAAUUGAUUCCUUUCGGUGCUGGUCGGAGAGGUUGCCCAGGUACCCUAUUCGCUAUGAACGUCAGUGAGCUUGCAUUAGCAAAUGUUGUACACAAGUUUGCGUUUGCAUUGCCCGACGGAUCAAUGGAGAAAGAUUUGGACAUGAAGGAAGCAACCGGUAUUACCAUCCAUAGAAAGAACCCUCUACUUGUAAACGCAACUCCAUAUUGUUCAACAUGAGAGAAUGCCUUCAUGAGUGAUCAAGAAAAGAUCACAUAUGUGGUUAUUGGUGGAGUUGUUAUACUAUUUUGUUGUAAAAUAAUAUGUGCCUAGACAUACAAAUUUGGCACAUGGGUCUCUAUUCUUCCCUGUCCUAAUGUCUUUAUUCUAAACAACAUUUUUAUAAUGAUGAGUCGCUUUAGUUA